CAAUCGUCUCCGUGGAAAGCUUGAGUGGCAACUCUCCUUUUUUCAGUCGUGGAUAAAAAUCACAUGUUUUUUGAACUGGAACAUUUUCUGACGGAAUAUAACUCCUUUAACGGAAUUUAACACGAUUGUUGUGGUGUGACAGAUGUAUCAGAGAGAACAAUGAAGCGGCAAGUAUUGUUCUUAUUCUUCUUCUGCGUUGAUUUUGUGAUUGGGCAGGUCAGCUACUCAAUUCCAGAAGAAAUGGCAAAAGGCUCUCUGGUCGGUAAUAUAGCUCAAGAUUUAGGGUUGGACGUCAAACGGCUUAGAUUUGGUAAAGCUCGUAUCUAUACGGGAGACAGUGUCGAGUAUAUUGAGCUGAAUAGAGAAAGAGGAGUCCUCCUUAUCAAAGAAAAAAUAGACCGUGAAGCGCUCUGCAGACAGACAACACCCUGCGCUUUGCAUUUUCAAAUAACGUUAGAGAACCCACUGGAAUUGUUCCCAGUUACUGUAGAAAUUACGGAUAUUAAUGACAAUGCUCCGGUGUUUCAAAAGGAGGAGAGAAGGUUUGAAAUUAGCGAAUCAGCCGUCAUUGGCUCUAAAUUUAUGCUAGAGAAAGCAAUGGACCCUGAUAUCGGACUGAAUGGUCUUCAGAGGUACACCCUGAAGCCAACUGACAAUUUUGCGCUUAAGCUGCAUUCUCAAUCUGAUGGGAGCAAAAAGGUUGAAAUGGUUUUACAGAAGCCGUUGGACCGAGAGAAACAGGAACACAUAUCAUUAGUAUUAACAGCAGAGGAUGGAGGAGAGCCCCAGAUGACUGGAACAAUGCAGAUUCACGUUGCCGUACUGGAUGCAAACGAUAAUGCUCCUGUUUUUAGUAAACCAGUUUAUAAAGCUAGCAUUGCAGAAAAUUCCCCAAUUGGAACUCUUAUUACCAAGGUGAGCGCUUCUGAUGCAGAUAAAGGCACGAACGGAGAAGUGACGUAUGUCAUCGCGAAUAGUAUGGACAGUGUUUCAAAGCUGUUCCAUAUUGAUAAUAAAGGAGACUUGAUUCUAGACUCUGUUCUGGAUUAUGAAAAAGAAAAAAACUAUCAUAUUGACAUAGAAGCGAUGGAUCUGGGUGGACUCUCGGAUUCGAGUAAGAUCAUUAUCGAUAUUAUUGACGUGAACGACAACAGCCCUAUAGUAAAUAUGAUUUCAACAUCAGGCUCAGUACCCGAGGAUUCAGCACUCAAAACCGUUAUUGCAUUAAUGAGUGUAAAUGAUCCUGAUUCUGACACUAACGGUAAAGUUCAGUGUUUAAUAAAUGAAAAUAUCCCGUUUGAAAUUAAGCCUACAUCGAACAAUUUCUAUAGUUUAGUCACAGACAGUGAUUUAGACAGAGAGAGAGCCUCUGAGUAUAACAUCACAGUGACGUGUUCUGAUGAGGGAGUGCCCUCCCUCUCCAGCAGCGUGACUCUCACCUUGCAGAUCUCUGACGUGAAUGACAACGCUCCUGUGUUUGACAGGAGCUCAUAUGAGGCCUCGAUUGUAGAGAACAACACACCAGGCCUCUCUAUAUUCACAGUGAGAGCCAGAGACGCUGACUGGAAGCAGAAUGCCCGUGUUUCUUACAUCCUGGAGGACUCCUCAGUGAACGGAGUGCCAGUGUCCUCAUAUGUGUCUGUGAGUGCUGAUAGUGGAGUCAUCAAUGCAGUGCGCUCUUUUGACUACGAGCAGAUCAAAGACUUCCAGUUCCGUGUCAGAGCUCAGGAUGGAGGCUCUCCUCCACUCAGCAGCAACGUGACAGUGAGAAUGUUGAUCCAGGACCAGAACGACAACCCCCCUCAGGUCCUGUACCCAGUCCAGACUGGAGGCUCAGUGGUGGCUGAGAUGGUGCCUCGUGCAGCAGACGUGGGCUAUCUGGUGACCAAAGUGGUGGCUGUUGAUGUGGACUCUGGCCAGAAUGCGUGGCUGUAUAAACUGCAGAGAGCCACAGACAGGGCGCUGUUUGAGGUGGGCUCCCAGAAUGGAGAGAUCAGAACUAUCCGCCAAGUGAGUGAUAAAGAUGCAGUCAAACAGAGACUGACUGUUAUCGUGGAGGACAACGGCCAGCCGUCUCGUUCAGCCACAGUCAUUGUGAACGUGGCGGUGGCGGACAGCUUCCCUGAAGUGCUGUCUGAGUUCACUGACUUCACACAGGACAAGGAGUACAAUGACAACCUGACGUUUUACUUGGUGCUGGCUCUGGCUGUGGUGUCGUUCCUGUUCAUCACGUGUUUGGUGGUGAUUAUCUCAGUGAAAAUCUACCGAUGGAGACAGUCUCGCAUCCUCUAUCACUCCAGUCUUCCUGUGAUUCCAUAUUAUCCUCCACGUUACUCAGACACUCUGGGCACAGGGACUCUCCAGCACGUGUACAAUUACGAGGUGUGCAGGACGACUGACUCGAGGAAGAGUGACUGUAAGUUCGGCAGAGGUGGUAGUCAGAACGUGCUGAUCAUGGACCCCAGUUCAACAGGGACCAUGCAGAGGAUUCAGAGUGAGAAGAGCAUCCUGGAUGAACCAGACUCUCCUCUCGAGGUUAGAAUUCAAUAGCUCUGUUAUUUUACGUAUUUCAUGCUUUAAAU